AUGGCUGCUGCUGUGCUGCUCGCCACUACUGAGAGCGGCGGACGUCGUCGCCGCCGCCGCCGCGAGAUGCCCCUCCCUCCCUCCGCCGCGGCAGCAGCGAGCAACCCCCGGCGGCGCAGCCAGGCAGGUGGCCGGCGCCUUGCCGCCCGCCGCGCCCUCCGUCGGCGCACGGCGAAAGCGCUCGCGGCACGUCUCGCGUUCCCGUGGCCGACAGCACCGAACAGCUGUUUCGUCUCAAUGGAUCCGGACGCAAAAGCGACGUCGGUCAUGGAAGACAGAGAGUUCCUGCCCAGCUACUGGGGCCAUCGGCUACGCGGACAGGAGCUGAUUGACCACUUCUGCCGGGAGACGGCACGUUUGAGCGAGGAGACCAGAAGCCGCGUUGCUGCACAAAAGGACAUCAGGUUCGGCGAGCACCCUCGCGAGUGCCUGGACCUGUACCACGGCGGUCGGCCGGCGGGCGAGUGCCGCUCGACGCUGCUCUUCUGGCACGGCGGCUACUGGAUCGAAGGGGACCGGCAGUCGCACGCCUUCGUCGCCGACCCCUUCGUGGAGGUCGGGGUAGCGGUGGCCGUGGCCGGGUACCCGCUGGCGCCCGGCGCCACGCUCGACCAGAUCGUCGAGUCGGCCACGCGUUGCGCCCGACACGUGCUUGCGCUCAGGUCCGGGCCGCUAGUGCUGGCCGGCCACUCUGCGGGCGCCCACCUGGCCGCCAUGGUCGCCACCCGGCUACACGGGGAACCCCGCUUACGAGCCCUGCUUCUGCUGUCGCCCGUGUUGGACGUGGUGGCGCUGUUGGGCAGCUCUGUGGCACGAGACGCGGCCAUCGGUACCGACCAGGCGGUGCGCAGCAGCCCGCUGCAUCUGGUCGACAAGCUACCAACACACCUGCACGUCGUGGUGACGUACGCUGAGCACGACCCCCCGUGGUUCGGGCGCACUGCUCGAGCCUACUGCGAGGCCCUCGGGCGCCGGCGCAUCUCCUGCGAGCUGCUGGAGUACGCGGACGAGGACCACUUCAGCUUCCUGCUGGGUGCGCUGCGAGACGGCGAGCACCGAGUCACCACGAGGCUCGUCGGGGCUUCUUUGGCGGCGACCGCGCCCUCUCCGACGCCGCGUGUAGCAGAAGCGACGUCGGUCAUGGAAGACAGAGAGUUCCUUCCCAGCUACUGGGGCCUUCGGCUACGCGGACAGGAGCUGAUUGACCACUUCUGCCGGGAGACAGCACGUUUGAGCGAGGAGACCAGAAGCCGCGUUGCUGCACAAAAGGACAUCAGGUUCGGCGAGCACCCUCGCGAGUGCCUGGACCUGUACCACGGCGGUCGGUCGGCGGGCGAGUGCCGCUCGACGCUGCUCUUCUGGCACGGCGGCUACUGGAUCGAAGGGGACCGGCAGUCGCACGCCUUCGUCGCCGACCCCUUCGUGGAGGUCGGGGUAGCGGUGGCCGUGGCCGGGUACCCGCUGGCGCCCGGCGCCACGCUCGACCAGAUCGUCGAGUCGGCCACGCGUUGCGCCCGACACGUGCUCGCGCUCAGGUCCGGACCGCUAGUGCUGGCCGGCCACUCUGCGGGCGCCCACCUGGCCGCCAUGGUCGCCACCCGGCUACACGGGGAACCCCGCUUACGAGCCCUGCUUCUGCUGUCGCCCGUGUUGGACGUGGUGGCGCUGUUGGGCAGCUCUGUGGCACGAGACGCGGCCAUCGGUACCGACCAGGCGGUGCGCAACAGCCCGCUGCAGCUGGUCGACAAGCUGUCCACGCACCUGCACGUCGUGGUGACGUACGCCGAGCACGACCCCCCGUGGUUCGGGCGCACUGCUCGGGCCUACUGCGAGGCCCUCGGGCGCCGGCGCAUCUCCUGCGAGCUGCUGGUGUACGCUGACGAGGACCACUACAGCUUCCUGCUGGGUGCGCUGCGAGACAGCGAGCACCGAGUCACCGCGAGGCUCGUCGGGGCUUCUCUGGCGGCGACCGCGCCCUCUCUGACGCCGCGGUGAGGCACCGAGGUCGGCCUGUUUAGGGGUUGCUUAAAUAAAAUCCAUGUUGUACGCGCACAAUAAAGU